UUUGGGCCCUUGGCCUUGCAACCACUCAGACAAUAAGAGCAUGCCGCGCAAUCAUAAAAAGGGCUCCUGCAGCGUUCUGUUGGACAAGUUCACACACGCAAACCAGAGUGAGAAGUAGAGCGACCGAUUUUCCGAUUUGCAAAUGGAUCCCGACGCCGUCUCGAAGGCAUUCGUGGACUACUACUACUCCACCUUCGAUACCAAUCGGACCGGCCUUGCUAGCGUCUACCAGGAAAGUUCUGUACUGACUUUUGAAGGUCAGAAGUAUCAGGGUACUCAAAGCAUCGCCGAUAAGCUCACCGGUCUACCCUUCCAGCAGUGUAAGCACCAUAUCAACACCGUCGAUUGCCAGCCCUCUGGUGCUGUCGGCGGAAUGCUUGUCUUUGUCAGCGGCAAUCUUAACCUCCCCGGCGAACAGCACCCCCUCAAGUUUAGUCAGUUGCUAUUAUUUGAAGGGGCAGAUUAGAGGCUACGGUCUUGAGAAUCAAUGGCUUAAUGUAAGAUUGUGACACAAAAUACUUGCUAAUGUGGCCUUGAUCAUAUCAUUGUUCUGGUAUGAUAGCUGAAUUACAUGGUGAAGAUACCUCUGCAGUUUCUUAAGAAGCCAUUAAAAUAUCUGUGUGUGUACUAUUAUAUUCAAGGAUAGUCUAUUAUUUUCCCUUGAUCAGUUGAUAAUUUUAUUCAUUUACUUUGGGAUAGUAUGAAGGCCAGUUUUCCUGGAUUAAGUGUGGCAGUCUCAUUCAUAUUUUUUAUGUUUAGGCCAUUUCAUUUGAACUUGAAAAUGUUGUUUACUUGUGUACCAUGUGAUUCAGACUGUUCUAACAAGAUUCCUUAUGGAUAUGCAAAUACAUUUGAAUUCUA